GCUCAUAUGGCACUGCCAAGCGAUGACGACGGUGCGUGCAGGAUGAAAUCCGAACGCAUGAGCUCCAAAGCCGUUGCGUUGGCGUCGACGUCGAUCUGGUGGAAGGUGGGCGCGGUCUCGGGCGCGACCGCGGUUCUCCUCGGUGCGUUCGGUGCCCAUGGCCUCAAGAACCGCGUCACGGACCCGAAGCUCCUCAAGACUUGGGACACUGGCGCCCACUACCACUUGGUGCACUCGCUUGCGCUCCUUGCCGUGCCCUUCUCGCGUCGCCCCAACCUCGCGGGCGGCCUCAUCUCGAGUGGCAUCGUCUUCUUUUCGGGCAGCCUCUAUGCUAUCGUGCUCACGGACCAGAAGAGCCUCGGCAUGAUUACGCCCAUGGGCGGCCUCAUGUUUGUCGCUGGCUGGCUCUCGUUGCUGCUGUAAGAAGCGUCCCCCAGCGUGGCUUCACGUGUGGCAUCAAGCACAACAUUGACAUCCACUGUUUGUUUCUCCUA